UUUUUUCCCGAUCAAUCCUUCCUUUCCUCUCUGUUUUCUCUGUUUCUUCUCUUUUCAUGCUGUUACGCUAAUCUCUAUCGACUCUGUACAAACUUGUAACUGAUUUCUCAAUUCAGAAAGAUCUCUUUCUCUUGCUCGCUCUCUCUUUCUCCUUUGAGCGCUGUAAGGUGCUGAAGUUCAAGACUCGUUACUGAUUAUUCUUCUGCUGCAAAAUCAGAAGUGAAGAUGGCUAGUCGACUGAAGGAAGAUGAGAAACAUGAACGAAUAAUUCGAGGUCUUCUUAAACUCACGCCGAAUCGAAGAUGUAUUAACUGUAACAGUCUGGGACCACAAUAUGUGUGCACGAAUUUCCGGACGUUUGUAUGCACUAACUGUAGCGGAAUACACCGAGAAUUUACACAUCGGGUGAAAUCAAUUUCAAUGGCCAAAUUUACUGCACAAGAAGUUAGUGCACUUCAAGAAGGUGGAAAUCAGCGUGCAAAAGAAAUCUAUUUUAAGGAAUGGGACCCACAACGUAAUUCUUUUCCUGAUAGCAGCCAUGUUGACAGGCUCCGGGAUUUCAUCAAGCAUGUUUAUGUCGAUAGAAGAUUCAGCAGUGAGAAGACCAAUGAUAAACCUCCAAGAGUAAAGGGUGACAAGGAUGAUUUCUAUGAAAACAAGAAGACAGAGAUGUACCAGGGCGGACCGAAAAGCCCUCCAUAUGAGGAUCGUUACAGCGAUAGGUCUAGUCCUGGUGGAAGAAGUCCUGGAUAUGAUCAAGAAAAUAGGCAAUAUGCUGAUUACAAGGUAAGUCCUAGUCGUCCUCCUAUAAUCAAUGACUGGCAUGGAGAAGAAAGAUUUGGGGAUCGACGAAAAUAUGAUGAUCAGAGAAUAUCUGAUGGAAAUCAUAAGGGGGAAAGCCAUUCUCCUGAUCAUACCAAGGAUCCAGAUUCUUCCAGCCCCCCUGUAGUCCGACCUGUUAGAGAAAUCUUGGGAGAAAAUGUAGUACCUCUUCGAAUAAGUGAACCACCCAAAACAAAUGGUGUACAGGCUGCUAAUGGCUCAACACUCGCACAGAGGACUGCAUCUUCCAGUACCUUAGCAUCCAGCCAUGUAACCCGGACAGAAGUUAAGCCUGAGACUAUUAAGAGCCUUAUUGAUUUUGAUGAUGAUCCUGAACCAUCUGUUACUCCAGCAAUUACUCAAGCCCAACAAACUACUGUUGCUGAACUUGGGAUGCCUGCAAAUUCCAAUGGUAAUAAUUGGGCCUCUUUUGAUUUUUCUCCUGAGCCAAAAGCACCUCAAGGUCCUUCAAUCGUAAAUCCACUUGAAUCUGUGCUGACACAAUUGACAGUACCAGUAUCUUUACCCUCUCAGGUUUCCCUAGCCCAAGGACCUUUGACGGGAUCAACUCUUACUGCUACUGCUGCUGGAGGUACAAUUGCUAGCAGCUUCUCAACAUUCCCACCUACUAGUAGUGCUUCAGUAACAUCUUUUGAAGUGAUAGCAACAUCAACUUUAAAUAAUGCAGGACAGUGGGCUAGUUUGCAGUAUCAGCAACAACAACCUUUGUUCACUGCUGCUGCAAGUCAGCCUUCUAUUCAACAAGCCACACCACCAGUUGCUGCAGCUUUGAAUAAUCAGCCCUGGACCGUACCAUCUGUACCAUCAGUACAAGGGCAUCCAAGCACAUCAAUACCCCAUGCAUCACACCUUGUCCCAAAGCCUGCCAAUGAGGUUAUGUCCAGUGUUGUUUUACAAACUUCUGCAGUUGACAUGAAACCAAGUGGAAGAAGUGAGCUUCCGGAGGACCUAUUCACGGUAAAAUAUUCAUCCUUCCCUGCUCCAGUCCCAGGUUGGCAAACGGGUCUACCACCUAGUAUGGGUAUCCCAAUUCAUUACAAUAAUGCAGUGCCCAUGCCAAGUUUUCCACAAGCAUCAAAGUCAAUAAAUCCAUUCGACGCCAGUAACGAACCUACUCCAGUUCAAGUCCCAACAUUUCCUUCCAUGUCAUCUCUGCAAGGUGCUCUGCCUAGUGUAACGCCUUCGGCUAAAAUCCACCCUUCAAAUAUGGGAAAUCCAUCUUUUGCCUGGAAUCCGUCAUCAUCAUAUGCAUUAGUGCCGCCUCCUCAAGCACAAACUAUUGCACCCGUAAUGGGACCAGGGGCAUACAUGGGAAUACACGUUAACAAUCCGCAGAUGGUCACUAACAUGCCAAUCCCAAGGCAUCAAGGAUUUGGGAGGUUGGCGACCGAGGGAACUGCUUUUGGCUUCUCAAAUCCAGAUCAGAAGCUGAGUAGUAGUAGGUUGUCAACUGCUGUUACCCCAAACACCUUUCAGGCAGGAGGAAAUCCUUUCGGAUGAUCUUAAGUCUGUCUGCUGGCACUCUUUAAGCCACGGACGAACUUGUUGCACCCUGUACAAACAUGGUUGAAAUUUCUGUCGUUUGUCAGUCAAAAGGAAACACUCGAGCAUAUUGCAGUUAGUGAACAUACACCCGUGGUGGGUUAGAUAAAAAAACUUUGCACCGGGCCUUGUAAAUUGUUUAUUGUUGCAGGAAAGAUAGAAGCACACUUUUGUGGAAAUAGAGGUGCUUGUAAUAUCAUUUUAUAUUUUCUUGUAUUAUUUUGUAGUAUCAUAAUUUUUGUAAGGUCGUUCUAUUUGUUGAGGUACGUGAGAUCUCCCAGUUAAAUAAUUUGUUAAGUGUUAGUUCUA